AUGACUGAUAUUCCUUUCCCCGGUGGAGCGGGAGCUCGAGCUCCAACAUACGGGAGUGGCAGUGGAAGUGGAACUAGUAGCAUCUCCCCCGGCCCACCACGCCGCUUCUCCUACGCCUCCGUCUUGUCGGGCACCGCUAUCUCCCCUCCGAUCUCAGGCUCCUUGACCAACCUCCUCCACGAUUCUAACUUAUCCUACCCAUCUGCAACCUCCUCCAACCCUCACCCUCACCACGACGGCCGUCCACAUCGGCCACUAUCCGGCCUGGAUGCCGCAGACAUGCACAUGAACUCCGCUUGGAGGAACAUGACGUCCUCAGAUGCCCUGCCCACCUUCUCCCGCAAAUAUGCCAGUCUGCGACCCGUAGACUUUCCCUCAUCCUUCGCCCUCCCUCCUGAUGCUUCCCCUUCCUUCUUCACCCCCUCCUACCUCCGUGACUCCCGCUACGUCUCCCGCCUCGACGCCGCCCACCGAGCAAAGCUACUAGCUCAACAACGUGAGGCCUCAGCUAUCACGACCUCCACCUCGAACAACAACCCCCAACAACCCCUCUCCACAUCAUCCAGCAAUGUCCACUUACCACGCAUGGCACCCUCGCACCGCGGGAUGACCUAUGAUAUCAUCGAGAAGGAACCGCCAACAGCAACCGAUACCCCGAUGCCCCUACCAACACAGUGGGGUGUAGACGAUCGCCACGACAUCCUCGAAAUAUCCAGCGACGGGCUCGAAGUGCGCUACACAGGACCACAGCAUAAGACAAACGACCACGAAGCCGCCGCCCUACGAGCCGACAACCCGAUGCCGCCCCAAUGCGGCAUCUACUACUUCGAGAUCAAAAUCGAGUCAAAGCCGAAGGAAGGCGGCAGCGGCAGCGGCAGUAACACCAACACCUCCUCGUCCUCGGGCGCAAGUGGAAUCCGUACUGAUCUCGGCUCUUGUUGCAGGAUGGUAGCGAUCGGGCUCUCAAGUCCCAAAGCCUCGAUCGAGCGUCUACCCGGCUGGGAAACCGAAUCAUGGGCCUACCACGGCGAUGACGGGAAGUCCUUUUUUGGCGAAUCGCAGGGCCAGGGUCGGAGUUAUGGGCCGACUUAUGGCGUUGGUGAUACGGUCGGGUGUGGGGUGAAUUUCUCAACUCGCUCUGCGUUUUUUACCAAGAAUGGCGUGUUUUUGGGAACGGCGUUCUCUGGGUUGCCGGAGAUUCAACUUUUUCCUUCGGUUGGGAUGAAACGGCAGCCUCCUGUUUGUUUGAAGACGAAUUUUGGUCAGGAGCCGUUUGUUUUUGAUAUUGAUGGGAUGGUUAAGCACGAGCGAGCAUCAAUCCAAGCAGAAAUUAACACCACAAGCACGGAUACCCUCCAACCACCCCUCGACGAAUCAUCACUUCUGCAAGAAUUGGUGGCCCAAUUCCUAGCCCAUGACGGCUAUGUCGAGACCGCACAUGCAUUCGCGCAAGAAGUGGCUACGGAAACUGCAGCGUUGCAAAGCGGACAUGGUGCGCCGCUGAAGAAAUAUGAGGUCGAAGAAGAUCAUCAUGCGGUUCAUCGGAAUAAAAUCCGCGCCGCAAUCUUAGACGGCGACAUCGACAAAGCCCUAAAGCACACAAACGCAUACUACGCCGACGUCCUAAAAGAGCACCCACAGAUCCACUUCAAGCUUCGCUGCCGCAAAUUCAUAGAAAUGAUGCGCAAAUCGCAAGAGCUGCUCCUCUCAGCAUCCAGCCCAGUAUCAGCAUCCAAGCGCCGUCGCUCAACCUCGCCCGGUUUAGACGAGCACGCCGUCUUCGGCCAGGAAAUGGAACUUGAUGAUGGCGGGUGGGAUGAUGGGAUGGGCAUGGAUACAGAAGACCAAAGUCAAAGUCCCAGUCCCAAGACGAACGAAAGGAACGAACGGAAUGAACGGUUUAAUGAACUUCUUACCGAAGCCGUGGAGUAUGGGCAGCAGUUACGACUUGACUAUCAUCAAUCUGGCGAUGACGGUCUUGAUCUUAAGAUGCUUGAUGAGGUUUUUUCUUUAGUUUGUUAUCCUGAUCCGAAGGGGUCGCCGCAUGGUCAUUACCUUGAUCCUGAGGGGCGGGAUGCUGUUGCUGAGGAGUUGAAUUCGGCUAUUCUUGUCUCGCUAGGCAAAAACUCCGAAGCAGCUCUAGAGAGGCUUUAUCAACAGACCGAAGUGCUAGUCAAUGAAAUCAGCGAGGGCGGCGCUGGGGCGUUUAUCAAUGUUCGGAAUGAUCUUUUGCUAUGA